CUCGGCCGGCCACCAGGCAAUCGACCUCUACGAAGACGACUUUCUGCAUUACAUGUCGCUCGUCCCGGGUGCCAACAAGCAGAACCUAUGGGAGCCCAACCCAAUCCACCUCGCUGCAGCGAAGAAGAUCGGAGACUUGUGCGCGUCUCUGGGAAUGGAGAUCAUCUGCUUCCAGCCGCUCAUCGACGUCGAGGGCCUUACGAAGCAGGCAGACCGCGAUGCUGCUGUCCAGCGCGUCAAAAACUACUUUCCGUACAUGCGUGCCCUCCGUACCGACGUCACGUACAUCACCACCAACCGCUCGUACGACUUUGACAGCCACACCGAAGACAUGAAGGUCAUCGCAGCCGAUCUGGCCCACUUUGCCGACUUGGCCGCCGAGUACUCGCGGGCCGAUGGAGGGCCAAUGCUCAAGAUUGGGUACGAGCACCUCUCGUGGGGAUCACACAUCAACACAUUCGACAAGGCGUGGGAAGCCAUCGCACUCGCCAACCGGCCCAACCUCGGAUUCGUCUUUGACACCUUCAACUUCCUCGCUGUCGAGUAUGCGAAUCCCUACAACCCAGCUGGACACGGCCGCAUCCACGACACGCCUGAAGAGUCGCUCAAGGUCGUCCACGAGCGCCUCGCCAAGCUUGUCAAGACGAUUCCGGGGGAGAAAAUCUAUGUCGUCCAGGUCGCAGACGCUAAACUUGUUGAGCCCUCGUCGCUCAAGCCGCCGACAGCGGCGACCGAACGGUGGACACCCGAUCACGAACCCCCUCACCGUCAGUGGUCCACUUCUCACCGCCUUUUCCCAAACGAAGGGGCGCUCGGAGGAUACAUGCCGGUCUCAGACUGCCUCGCAGCUGUUCUGGCAACGGGGUACAAGGGCGCCUUUACACUCGAGAUCUUCAACGACUCGAUUCAUGUCAACGAGCCCUUCGUCGUGCCGACGCACGCCAAGCGCUCGUUUGCCGGCGUCGAGGCCUGCGUGGCCGAUGCAAAGUUGGUCAAGCCGUUCUGGUAAAAGAGGAAAGUACUGCCCGAUUUUAAACACAAGCGAGGUGACCCAUGUAGAAGAGGCAGAUUGGUCAGACUGGCCUAUUCUAUCAGACUGGG